AUGAACACCAGAGCUGUCGCCUUGCCCAAGUCGUUGCCUGACCCAGCGCAAUGGAAUCAACUCAUCGCUCGCUACAAGGAGUUUCGUCUUCUUUCUCUUCAACUCUCACCUGAGAGCUUCGGUUCAAGCUAUGCCCGUGAAGUUGCCUUUUCAGAGGAGAUUUGGGCAUCCCGAUUGAACAAUCCCGUGGCCCUCAACACCGUCAUCGUCUCGGAACCCGACGAUGGAGCCGAGGACAUAGACAACAUUUCACUCAUCCUCAGCUCACCAUGGCUAGCGGCUCUUACCUUGGUCGGACCCCUCGAAGCCAAGACAGCUGCAAAAUCCUACGAGGACAAGAUGCAUCUUCAGCCAGACACCGUCAGUUUCGGCCCUCCCGCUCCUGGUGUCGAUUCCACCUAUGUCCUAAACGCCAUGUACGUCCUUCCGUCCGAGAGACGGAAAGGCCACUCGUACAAAAUCAUCGACUUUGCCAAACAGCUCGCGCUAAUAAAGGAAAACAAUAGGGCGGUGACGUUGGCCCUUAUCCUGGGCGAUGAUAACGUGCCUGCCAUGAAAUCGUACGAAAAGUCGGGUUUUGAGGUUGUGCAUAGGUACUGGUUUGAUGAUACUAGAGGAGGUGAAGUGAAAAAAACGCGGGCGGCGGUUAUGAGGGCGGACGUUAGAGUAGAGGAUUCGGCUUAG